UCCGACCGACGUUCGUCUCUUUCUCCACUUCUAACCGUCGCUCUUUUCUCCCUCUUUACGUCUAACUACUGAGGGUGGCCGGCGAGUGAUGGCAAAACGGAAGGCGGCGAAUGGCGCUGCGAAGGGUGGUGGCGACGCGUCGGCGCUAGCGGCUGCAUCGGCAUCGACUUCUACGAAGGACUCAAGCGUGACUGAAGACGUAAAUGCAGCAGCCAAAGAUGCUGCUGCGACGACAGCAGGAGGGAAUAGCGGGUCGAGCCGUGUGGAUAUCCUUGCUGCGAGUGCAGCCUUGACGGACCGCGAACCUAUCAAGGUGAAUAAUAUGAACGCGACAGAUUUGAAGAAUGCGUGUGAUGAUGCCGUAAAGCGGCUACUAUCACAACCAAAUCUAUUCAAGGAGAAACACACUCAUACGGAUGUGAAGCUCCUACUCGGUUGGGCGAGCGUAUUCACCGCUGUCGGCACAGCAUUGUACGGAUGGAAAGUCGAGUUUGAGCAGGCGAAGCCGCUCGUAUGGAUUGGUGUAAUCUUAUAUGUAAUCCUCACCUCCGCGUCGACUCUUUACUCAUUCUUCAUCGAAAAAGACACCGUCUUCGUCGGUCGUCGUCGUACACUCGCAAAGCGCGUUGAGACAGAGCACAUCACUGUCUCAGCUCGUACCCUCCCUUCCGUUGCACCGGGCUCCGCGCCGCGUUAUCGCGCGUCUGUCUCCUAUGUCCGUUCGUCAAACGGCGGCAAGUCACUCUUGGGCCGUGGACAAGCGAUAGAGGACCGUCCGUACAACGAAUUCUUCGAUGAGGAAGGGACGAUGGACCAGGAGCGGUUCGAGCGCUGGUUGGGCACGUUGGUUGAGCGUGUCAUGGAUGGUCGAUGAUGAUGACAUCUUUCUCUUCUUUAUUUUUGUUUCUGUUGUGAGGUCUGUUUGGACAUCCACCUAUGCACUCCCUUUCUUUCAUUUCAUUCGUGUUAUACACUCCGUAUAUACUUUCGUGUCCCUACACGGCCUGCAAUUUGUAAAAAGCCAAAAAAUGCCGGCAUCUUUCCGCUGUGCGCUGGUUUCGGGUGACUUGUUAUUGGCCGGUGUGUUUGUAUUUAUUUGAUGAUUA